AUGACAUCUCAAGCUAGAGCGACGAGUCCAGAAGGCACAUCUUCUGACAUACAAGGGGAGGAUGGCUCGCCUGAAGCGAUCAUGGACAAACGUACUCCGUCACAGCCGGCGACAAGAGGCAGGACGCAAUCCCACUCUCUUCUCUCAGCAUCCCCAAGGAUUCCCACGAUCGGUCGGAAAAGCAGAUUCUCGGAUCCGGAUACGACAGGAACUGCAGCGGAGAGAGCUAGCAUAUCUAUGCCACCUCCAACAAGGAAGCCUUCAAAGACCACAAAAACACGACCUGUGUCCUCUCUUGUGCCGAACUCAGUCCCGAUCAUAGAUGGAACACAGGAGGGAGACGAGACCGCAAACGAAGCAGUCGGGAUGUUAGGACUGCACAAGACUCCAAGCUCAGCGGACUCACAUGUGAGCGCGCCUGAGAUGUCUCAAUCUGGCAGUCUAGACGUUGGGUUGAAAUCACCGAGUGCAAUCUCUACCUGGCCUGGCGACCGUCUAUCACUCUCAUCUUUACAGUCGCUCGGAUCAGCCAUCAUCAAUGGAAUGGCAGGUCCUGCCAGUACUACAAGUGCGCCACUAAGUGCAACCAGCUCCCAUGCAGGAUCUAUCAGCGGCGUUUCAGAGCAGCCAAGCGUUGCGCCUGCACCUGUUCCGAUCUCACCUCCGCUAGGUUCUACAAAAGGAGAAGCCAUGGCACCUUCUACAACAGCUACAGAUCCAAUUACUGUCAUCGCCCACUCUGAAACAGUACAUCAUGUUCCGUCUAUCCCGACAAAGGAGAUUACACCACCUACACCAAACGCUACUGUCAGACACAUGGACUCAUGGAAUACUGCUCCCACAUCACGGCCGAGCGCCCCUCGAAGAUCGCGGAGCAGACACCAAGGGCCUGCGGCCACAAGCACGGUAGCAAGCAGCGCUGCAAGUCCAAGUAACAGCGACCGCGUUCAGACGCCUUUUGGAAAAGUAGGAAUCUGUGCGCUUGAUGUGAAAGCUCGUAGUAAAGCUAGUAGGAAUAUUCUGACUCGUCUUUCUUCCAAUGGUGAAUUUGACGUUAUGAUAUUCGGAGACAAGGUCAUCCUAGAUGAAGCCGUAGAAAAUUGGCCAAAGUGCGACUUUCUCAUCUCUUUCUUCUCUGAUGGCUUUCCGUUAGACAAAGCCAUAGCGUAUCAACAUCUGCGAAAACCAUUUCUCGUCAAUGACUUGCCGAUGCAAAAGAUACUCUGGGAUCGACGCUUGUGUCUGCGAAUUUUAGACAAGAUAGGGGUGCCAACACCACAACGUGUCGAGAUCAGUCGCGACGGAGGCCCUACUUUGGAGUCAGCGAAGCUCGCCGAGCACCUUUACAAGUUCAGUGGAGUCAGACUAGAAGGCCCUGCGGAUGGGACCGGAGGUGGAAUACCCAAACCGAAGCGGGUCGAAAUGUCCGAUGACGGGGAUAGUAUUGUUGUCGAUGGUAUGACCUUAAGAAAGCCGUUUGUGGAGAAGCCAGUGAGUGGAGAGGAUCACAACAUUCACAUAUAUUUUCCUAGAGAUCAGCAUGGAGGUGGGGGACGUCGAUUGUUUCGCAAGAUAGGAAACAAAAGCUCCGAAUGGGAUGAGAAUAUGCGAACUCCACGAUCCGUCACUGAGGAAGGAAGCAGCUACGUGUAUGAGCAAUUUCUCGAUGUCGACAAUGCGGAAGACAUCAAAGCCUAUACAGUGGGACCUGAAUUCUGCCAUGCUGAGACACGAACUUCUCCAGUCGUUGAUGGUCUCGUAAGACGCAAUACUCACGGCAAAGAGAUACGCUAUAUUUGUAAGUUGAAGCCAGAGGAGCAAACGAUCGCUCGACGCAUUGCAAACGGCUUCGGACAGCGGGUCUGUGGUUUUGACAUGUUACGAGUCAAGAAUCAGAGCUUUGUAAUUGAUGUCAACGGUUGGAGUUUUGUGAAGGAUAACAAUGACUAUUACGACAAAUCUGCGAAGAUACUGAAAGAGAUGUUCCUCGCUGAAAAAAGAAAGAAGGACGGUAUCGCUACGCCAAUCGAGCUUGAACAGCCAGUGGACAAAGUUUCGAUUGAUAAGUCGGAGCCUGACAAGGCCUCGAAUCAUCGCAAAAAUACUUUAGGUGGCCAUCGGUCUGAAUUUGUCAAGAAAUUAAUGAAGUCGCCCAGCAUGUCCAAGCUCAGAGGGCAUCAUCAUCAGGGAGGCGCCCAUUCUCAUGGUACGGCGUCGCCCGAGCCUGUCAUGAAUAUGACACCAUUAUCUUCACCGCCUUCGAUGGCGAAUGAGAGCAAAUUGAAGCUUCCUCAAUUGCAGAGUUCUUCCUCUAUCCAGCUUCCUCCUUCAGCGUUACCAAACAUACAUUCUACCGAAUCGACAGAGGACUCUACCUCCCCCGAGAUUCCCCAAAUCCCUGCUCCAGAGCCCUCAUCUAAACAUGCUUGGAAGCUAAAAGGUAUGGUAUCAGUAAUUCGACACGCGGAUCGAACGCCAAAGCAGAAGUUGAAGUUCACUUUCCACACAAAACCUUUCGUUGACUUACUCAAGGGUCAUCAAGAAGAGGUCCUUCUCAAAGGUGAACUCGCGCUGAAUAGUGUCUCUGAAGCAGCCAAGACAGCAAUGCAAGAAGGGAUUGAAGACUUUGAGAGGUUGAAGCUACUACAGACUUCGCUCGCUCGGAAAGGGGCCUGGACUGGCACCAAGGUACAGAUUAAGCCGAUGUUUCGAAAACGACGGCCUGAAGAAAUUAAGAAAAUCAAGAGUGAGAUUGCCGAGAGUGCUGGUACCGAAGCCCUUAUAGCUGCAGAGCAUCUUACAGAGGAUCCUGUAGAGGUUGAAAAAACUGCCGACGGAGAGCACACACCACUUUCAAGGCCGCCAACCAGGAGCGACUCAUUGGCGGGCACCACCCUAUCCCGCUUCUCUGCAGCAGAAAAUGACCUAAUUCUUGACAAACUUCAAUUAAUCGUCAAAUGGGGCGGUGAGCCAACACAUUCUGCGCGCUACCAAGCCCAAGAUCUGGGAGAGAACAUGAGAGCGGAUAUCUUGUUGAUGAAUAAACAGGCCUUGGAGAACGUGCGAGUGUUCUCAAGCUCCGAGAGACGUGUGACUACAAGCGCUCAAAUAUGGGCAGCUUCUUUCCUCAAUCAGAAAGAGGUCGACGAUUCCACCAUCAAGAUUCGCAAGGACCUCUUGGAUGAUUCGAACGCUGCAAAGGACGUCAUGGAUAAGGUCAAGAAAGAAUUAAAGCUGCUGCUGCGCGAAGGACAUAGUGCGCCACCCCAAUUUGCUUGGCCAGCCAAUACUCCUGAACCGUCGGUCGUUGUUAGAAAAGUGGCAGAACUCAUGGUGUUCCACCGAGAAGUCAUGCGACAAAAUUUCAAACGACUAGAAGGUGGUGCACUUAGUGCUUUGAACAAAGUCAGUGAGGGUGCGUCCGACGAGCCAAACUCUACAAGGUCUCAGUCUCAAUCUCAGGGGCAAAACUCAGCGUCGAUACAAGCGCGGUGGUGCUGCGGUGAAAAUCCAGAGCUCUUCAAGGAACGUUGGGAGAAGCUCUUUUCCGAAUUUUGCGAUUCCGAAAAGAUAGAUCCCAGCAAGAUUUCCGAACUGUACGACACCAUGAAGUUCGAUGCUCUACAUAAUCGACCUUUUCUUGAAUGGGUCUUCACACCACCCGUAGGCAUCAGCCUAGGGAGCGAGACCGAAGAAACAGAGGCACCAGCAAGCCCUCAACCCGAGUCGAAAACCCCAUCGACUUCUCGUCCCCCUGCGCAACACGAGCGCAAAAACAGCGGCGGCGACAAGAGCAUCGAGAAACCCAUCGACAAAUCCUCCAGCACGAACCUCGCCCAACGCAUGGGCCUCCGCCGCAAAUCAAUGAUGAACCACGCCCUACCCUCCCCACCCCCCUCCACAACCUCCGACCACCUCCAAGAAUCCUACUUCAAGCUCUUCUCCGGCACAGGCCAAUCGCGCGCUAAACAAGACAUCCGCCUCUCCGCCCUCCGCGACCUCUACAAAUACGCCAAAGUCCUCUUCGACUUCGUCUGCCCGCAAGAAUACGGGAUCUCGAACGACGAAAAACUCGAGAUCGGCUUGCUCACCUCCUUACCUCUCCUCAAAGAAAUCGUCAACGACCUCGAAGAAGUCCAAGCCUCCGAGGACGCUAAAUCCUUCGUCUACUUCACCAAGGAAUCACACAUCUACACCCUGCUGAACUGCAUCUUCGAAGGCGGCAUCAAGACCAAGAUCGAGCGGAAUGCCAUCCCUGAACUCGAUUAUCUCUCUAACAUCACGUUCGAACUCUACGAAUCAGAAGACCAAGACGAAGACGUGUAUACGUACAGUAUAAGGAUAGGCGUGACGCCGGGCUGUCAUACAUUUGACCCAUUAGAUGUGCAGCUAGACAGUAAACACAGUAUAGGCUGUGCGCCGCGUAGGAGUCUGACGGCGCAUAGUGAUUGGAAAGAGGUGAUUGAGACGUUGAGGGCCAAGUUUCAUACCGUCAAGUUGCCGAAGAGCUUUUUGGCUGUCAAUGUUAGUGAGGGGCAUGGGGAGGGUGAGGGGGGUGGGGGAAAGAGUACCAGUACUAGUGAUACCGAGUGA